AGUUUGACAUUGACAGGUUGCCGAUAACCUCGUGAAAGUAUUGAUAAAAUUUAAUUAUUGCAUCAGCUUAAUUUAAGCAUUAACUUAUUUUAGUCAUACAAUUUAGGAAUAAUUUGCAUAAACCAUGACAGAGGAGCAGAUCAACAACUUAUCCAUAAAUGAUGACGAUGUAGUGGAUCCAUGGAAUGUUGCUGGAAAGUCACAAACUGGGAUUGACUAUGACAAACUGAUCAAAAGGUUUGGCAGUCAAAAGAUUGAUGAUGAGGUGAUUGAGAGGUUUGAGAAAGUAACAGGGAAGAAAGCGCAUCACUUUCUAAAGCGAGGCAUAUUCUUCUCCCACAGAGAUAUACACAGUAUUUUGAAUCUCUUUGAGUCUGGCAAGAAGUUCUACCUGUACACUGGUAGAGGGCCUUCGUCAGACAGUAUGCACAUUGGGCAUAUGAUACCAUUUAUGUUUACAAAGUGGUUGCAAGAAGUAUUCAAUGUUCCUUUGAUUAUUCAACUGACCGAUGAUGAGAAAAUCUUGUGGAGAGACAUUAAAGUAGAAGACGCUAGACAAAUGGCUUACUCCAAUGCAAAAGACAUCAUAGCAAUUGGUUUUGAUCCUUCCAACACAUUUAUUUUUAAUGAUCUCGAUUUCAUAGGACAGUGUCCACAAUUUUAUCAAAACAUGCUGAGAAUACAGAAGUGUGUGACAUUUAAUCAAGUGAAAGGUAUAUUUGGUUUUGGAGACUCAGAUAUCAUUGGAAAAAUAACGUUUCCUUCAAUAGAGGCUGCUCCGGCUUUCUCAACUUCGUUUCCAUUUAUUUUUGGUGAUAAAGUUGUGCCGUGCCUGGUGCCGUGCGCCAUCGACCAGGACCCGUACUUCCGCAUGUCGCGCGACGUGGCGGCGCGCCUCAAGCUGCCCAAGCCGGCGCUGCUGCACGCCGCCUUCCUGCCCGCGCUGCAGGGCGCGCAGCACAAGAUGUCGGCCAGCGACCCCAACGCCUCCGUCUUCCUCAGCGACACGCCCAAGCAGAUCAAGAACAAGAUAAAUAAAUACGCGUUCUCAGGCGGACAGCCUACUGUUGAAGAGCAUCGGGAAAAAGGUGGCAACGCAGAGGUCGACAUAUCUUUCAAAUACUUGACGUUCUUCCUGGAAGAUGAUGACAGAUUAGCUGAGAUUAAAAAACAGUAUGAAUCAGGAGAAAUGUUAACCGGUGAACUAAAGAAGAUAGCCAUAGAUACAAUAACGCCCAUCGUUCAAGAUUAUCAAGCUCGGAGGGCUAAGGUCACCGAUGAGGUCAUGAAGGAAUUCUUUAAAAUAAGACCAAUCAAUGUUUAAAUAUGAAAAUUCAAAAUUAUUAUAUAAAAAAUAUAUACAGGUUCAUAGUAAAAAUAAACUUAUUUUCCGGCGUAUUCCAUAAAUAAUAUCAACAAAUAUAAAUACAUAGUAUAUCGCUGCAAGGGUUAAAACUCUUAUUUAUUUUUAUAAAUUAAAUGAUUAUUACUGGCAACAUUGUUUAUGUAUAAAAUUCCAAGUCUACAGAAAAAAAAAUACAGAGUUUAUAUAUCUAACGAUAAUAAUAUACUUUUUGGAAGUAAAUCCUUGUUGAUUUGAAAAAAUGGCAUACCAAAAAUAAUAUUUAUUAUUUCUAAUACAUAAGUAUAACUCGUAUGCAAUUUAAGUGACUAAAGUUGUGUGUAUAGUAGGAGGUGGAAUAAAUAUUUGCAUUUGUCAGUAUUUAAAAUUUUGAUUUCAUCUGUGCUAUUGAUUUUUUUUUUGAAUAAAAUAUAUUCUGUCAUAAGGGUCUCCAUUUAUGAUUGCCUUUUUAAAUUUUUUUUUAAAUAAAUAUAUUUAAAAAUAGACUCAAUUUAUUUAAUUGUGUUUAUUUCGUUUUACCAUUACGUUUCAAAAACUGCUUAGUCACAAGAUUGUACUUGUAUUUUAAACAAUAUGUAUGUAUAAGUAUAAUAUGCGACUUUAACUGAAUUGGAUUGACUUCUAUAAAACUGUAAAAGAUCUUGCUAACUGAAUUGGUUGCUGAUAAAAUUAUUCGGAUUUUUAUCUGAUAUAAUUAUAAUAGUAACCAACACACAAAAAAAAAACUAACGUUUUUUUACAGCGUCAAAAUAAAAUUAAACUAAUUCUGUAUGAUAUUUGAAUACCCGUGAAACCAUAAAUUAUAAUUUAUGAGUUGUGAUUAAACAGAUCCUAAGGGCAUGAUGUAUCAGCAACCGGUGAAAUAAGUCCUAAUUGUUGUUUAAUUUCUGCAUUUGUAUUGCUACCUGUCACUCAGUUUUAGCGACUGAAAAAAAUAUAUUGAUUACUAAUUAAUAAUGCUAAAUUAAUUUGUACUUAUAAUAUCCGCUGUAAGGCCUUGUUUAUUUGGCUGUGGUUAAAGCAUAAAGUAUUUUUUGCAAAGAAAUAAAUUACGUUUACAAACA